CGGAGCAUCACUCCUCCUGUGAGCAGGCAAAUGCAACAUGCUCUCCAGCCUGGGGUGUCUGCUUCUCUGUGGAAGUAUUGCCCUUGCCCUGGGAAAUGCACAGAAAUUGCCAAAAGGUAAAAGACCAAGCUUGAAAGUGCACAUCAACACCACCAGUGACUCCAUCCUGUUGAAGUUCCUGCGUCCAAAUCCAAGUGUAAAAUUGGAAGGUUUUCUCUUGGGAUAUGGCAGCAACGUGUCUCCAAACCAAUACUUCCCUCUUCCCACAGAAGGGAAAGUCACUGAGGCAGUAGUAGAUGCAGAGCCAAAGUAUCUGAUAGUCGUGCGACCCGCUCCUCCUCCCAGUCAGAAGAAGUCAUGUUCAGGGAAAUCUCGCUCUCGAAAACCUCUCCAGCUUGUGGUUGGUACUUUGACACCAAGUUCAGUCUUCCUGUCCUGGGGUUUCCUCAUCAAUCCACACCACGACUGGACAUUACCAAGUCACUGUCCCAAUGACAGAUUUUAUACAAUUCGAUAUAGAGAAAAAGAUAAAGAAAAGAAAUGGAUUUUUCAACUCUGUCCAGCUACUGAAACAAUUGUGGAAAAUCUCAAGCCCAACACGGUAUAUGAAUUUGGUGUAAAAGACAAUGUAGAAGGUGGAAUUUGGAGCAAGAUUUUCAACCAUAAAACUAUUGUUGGAAGUAAAAACAAAGUAAACGGGAAAAUCCAAAGCACUUAUGACCAGGUCCACACGGUGCCAGCGUAUGUCCCGAGGAAGCUAAUCCCAAUCACAAUCAUCAAGCAAGUGAUUCAGAAUGUUACCCACAGGGCUUCAACAAAAGCCCCAGAGAAGACUCCCUUUGGAGGAACAAUACUAGUUCAUCUUAUUAUUCCGGGUCUUAAUGAUUCCACGGUAAAACUUCCCACAUCCAUAAUGCUUGAGAUUUCGGAUGCACUCAAGGCACAAUUAGCUAAGAAUGAAACGUUUACAUUAGCAGCAGAAUCUAAAACGCCAGAAGUUGAAAAAGUUGAAGCCCAGCCAGUAACAGUGACUCCAGAAACAGUUUCAAGAAGCAUUAAGCCCACAGUGUCUAGUGCCUUAGACACAGCAGAAACGGCGCUGGACCUCAGUGAGAAGACCCCAGAAACAGCACAUUCGGUUCUAAUACCUGAGUCUGAAUUGCCUUUGAGCACUCUAGCCCCAAAAAGGUUCCCAGAGUUUCCUGAGGCAAAACUAGACAUCCCUUUGGAAAAACCAGAGGAUACCUUGGCUUCAAGUGAAGAGCCGUGGGUGGCACCUGGAGCUAAGACAUCUGAAGAUUCCAAGUUUGUACAGCCUCAAACUGAAACUCACGAUCUUACCUCAAGCUCAACAACUUCAGAUGAGACGGCAAAAGAGCCCCACACAGCAACAAGUGAUCCUACUCUGGACUCUGUCCCACCUAAAACUCCUAGAACUCCUGAACAGCCAAAGGCAACACUGGCUUCAAGCGAAGCAUCAUUUGAGCCUCAAAAUGUGGAAGUCUUCACCAGUCCUGAAGUACAACCAACAACAACUGCUCCCCAGCAAACUACGUCUAUCCCCACCACACCUAAACGACGCCCCAGACCCAUCACGCCAAAAGUCAAACCUGCCCCAAAACCUGAGACUCUACCAUCAGCACCAUCAACAAAGGCUCCACCAAAGACCAAACGACCAGGUCGCCGCCCCCGUCCUACAACCACACGUAGUCCAGAAACGCCUGAGCCCCAAACGGCUCUGGAACCUGCCACGGUGCCACCGGAGCUCUUGGUACCCACAAAUGUUCCCAAACCAUUCCAGAGACCCAAAGCAACACGCAGGCCAGAGGUACCCAAAACCCAGCCUGCUCCCAUGCAGACACCUGGUACUCCCCACAAGCUCAAAACAACACCACGCCCAAGAAUCCCACCACAACCGCCAGUUCCUAGGGGAUCUCAGCACACUAUUUCCAAACCAAAAAUGCCACCAAGUCCUGAAGUGACAGACACUAAAUCUGUUCCAACAGAUGAACAACUUUCCCAUAAAACAGAUCCCGAGAGCUCUCAUAGCGAAACUGUCCUGCCUCCUGUCACCUCUAGAGCUGAGCCACCAAAGCCAACCAUAGCACCCUUAGAGACACAGGACGUUUCUUCCACACCUGUAAUUUCACCACGACCUAGUCAAGAGGAGCUACAAACCACCUGGGAAGAAACAGACCAUUCUACCCAGGUGAUCUUCACAACUAAGAUUCCACGGACGACUGAAUUGGCAAAGACAACUCAGGCACCACACAGAUUGCACACGACGCCUGUGAGGCCCAGAAUACCUGACAGACCCUAUGCCAGGCCAGUUCUGAACAAAACAACCACAAAGCCUGGUAAAACCAAACCCAAAGUGAUACCCCAUGGAAACGGAGUGGGAACAGGAACCAAGCAAGCACCUAAGCCGUCAAGUACUGGGAGAAAUAUGUCAGUGGACUCACAUGCCACGAAAAAACCAGCCACAAUUCCAGGAACUCGUCGUCCAUUCAUUCCUCCUAGACCUAUGCCCCCUAGACCUAUACCUCCGCAGAGAAAACCUUUGCCACCAAAUAAUGUCACCGGAAAGCCAGGAAGUGCAGGAAUCAUUUCCUCAAGCAGAGUGACUUCCCCACCGCUGAAGGCAACACUCAAACCUACUGGAACAGCCGUAGAGAGAUCAGAGGCAGAGAAAAAGCAUCCAACCACUCCAGCUUCCGAAGAAGAAAUUGGCAGUACGACUGAUUUUAGUUCAAGCCCAACUAAAGAAACUGAUCAUCUUGGGAAGCCCAGAUUCACAGGCCCUCAUGUGCGAUACAUCCCAAAGCCAGACAACAGGCCCUGCUCCAUCACUGACUCCGUCAGACGGUUCCCUACAGAGGAAGCCACAGAGGGGAAUGCCACCAGCCCACCACAGAACCCUCCUACCAACCUCACCGUGGUCACCGUGGAAGGCUGCCCCUCAUUUGUCAUCUUGGACUGGGAAAAGCCACUAAAUGACACUGUCACUGAAUAUGAAGUUAUAUCCAGAGAAAAUGGGUCAUUCAGCGGGAAGAACAAAUCCAUUCAAAUUACCAAUCAAACCUUUUCUACAGUAGAAAACUUGAAACCAGAUACAAGCUAUGAAUUCCAGGUGAAACCCAAAAAUCCACUCGGUGAAGGCCCUGCCAGCAAGACGGUGGCAUUCAGUACUGAAUCAGCUGACCCAAGAGUGAGUGAGCCAAUUUCUGCAGGAAGAGACGCCAUCUGGACCGAAAGACCCUUUAAUUCCGACUCUUACUCUGAAUGCAAAGGCAAACAAUAUGUUAAAAGGACAUGGUAUAAGAAAUUUGUCGGAGUCCAGCUGUGUAACUCUCUGAGAUACAAGAUUUAUUUAAGCGACUCCCUCACAGGAAAGUUUUACAACAUAGGAGAUCAGAGGGGCCAUGGAGAAGAUCACUGCCAGUUUGUGGAUUCAUUUUUAGAUGGCCGCACGGGACAGCAGCUAGCCUCUGACCAGUUACCCACCAAAGAAGGCUACUUCAGAGCCGUUCGUCAGGAACCUGUCCAGUUUGGAGAGAUAGGCGGGCACACCCAAAUCAAUUAUGUCCAGUGGUACGAGUGUGGGACCACAAUUCCUGGGAAAUGGUAGCUGCAGCACAGCUGUUUCCAAAGGAACAAAGAACCCUUUGGAAAGCCUACGGUGUUUGUCACCCCCCACUCCAAGCUCUUUUGUUUACUGUGUAUAAAAGUCUGCAGCCCAAAUGAGAGCAGCACUCGAUGUUCAUUGUUAGAAAAGAUUUCUGAGACGAUUUAUCAGGUUUACAAAGAUGCUUUAAGAAAGCAAGAUAUUAACAUUAAUAGAAUAACAUUUUUUAGGGAAGCGGGCUCCCUAGUCAUGAUAUUUUAAGAGAACAUUUGUAUAUUAUUUAUCACACUGUUGUAAUGUUUUCAGAUACUUUUAUAACAAAAUUAAUGUCAAAAAAUCUUUAAUAUGCUUUAUAAAAAGUAUUUACUUUAUGAAUGUGUACGUGUUGUUGGUGGUGAGUUAAUCCCAUAAAUCUCUACUUAUGGUUUAACUUAUUGGAUCAAAUAAUCUUCAGCGUAGACACGUGAGAGAAAGUGGUUCUAAUAUUUAAAAUUAUGUAAACUUCAAUUUGUUAGCACAGAUGAACAGAUUUUCGCAUUUGAAUAGUUAUGGAUUCAUGCUCACUUCUCCAUAACCUGCCAGCAAAUUACUGAAAAGAAAAAUCUAUAUAAUUUUAUCUCAACCAAACAGCUGAUAAUCUGACGUGCCAAAUGAUAAAUUUUGAUGUUUUGAUUCUGUACCCAUAAUAUUACGUCUAAAAAUACUUUCUCAAACUCUUCCUUUUAACAUUCUUUUGAGCGGCUCUGUGGUCCUAUUCAAGCUGUAUGUAGAGACUGAGUGUGAAGUCAGCAUGGAAAGACAACGCAUGUGAGAUGCUAUUGUUUUAAAUGAUAUAUUAUAUAUUUAUACAUUAAGGCCAUGAAUGAAUGUAUCAGAGGUUGUUUUGUGGACACUGUUUACUCAUGCUGUAACAAAACUUACUCGUUAUGAAGCGGGAGUACAUAUUUUUGGGAGGGAGCAAGAAUAUUAUUGCCUGCCCUGAAAAAACUUUUCUUUAUGUGUAUCUUUCAAUAUGCUCCAGUUUUAUCAAUGCUACAUUUUGUACUUUUCAAGCAAAUAUAAACUCUGCAAUAAAAAGAUAUAGGUUUUUAAAAAGUGAUUUU